AGAACUGACAGAUGACAGACGCGCAGACGUGAGGGAGAGGAGGUCUUGUUUUUCGUUGGUAGACUCAAUAAAUAAAUUAAUGAAAAUAAGUUCUUACUAUGUGAUUGUUCAAUUUAUAAUCGCAAAACAAAUUGUGUACAAUAUAACUGUGCCAAAUCUUAGUGAGAAAUGGCUGAGAAUGGAGAUAACUCAAGAUCUCGGAAGUAUACCAAACUUGCGAGGCAACUGGCGGCUGGAGGGUGCUAUGCGAAAGCUUACGACAUGUACAUCUCGGCGUUCAACAAGUUUCCCGAUCUAAAGACGAGCCUGGAGGCUGAGUUCAGGUUGCUGCUGAGCAAACUCAAUGCACUGCUAUUUGAAACCAACAAAAUCGCUGAAAUAUUUUUCUAUUUCGAGCAUACUCUUGCAGUAUAUCCCGAUAAUAUUUAUAUUCUGAACGACCUUGGGAAGUAUCUCUAUAAGUUUGGGUUUUAUAAAGAAGCUUGCACUCAUUUCCAAAGAGCCUUGGCUAUUGACUCAGGCUAUGUAGGAGCUGAAAAGAAUUUGAAUUCAGUCAAGAACUUUUUGGUGGAUAGAUGGCACUUCAGGAUGCUCAAUGAUAAAACUCGCAAUGAAGCCUACCGCAAAGCAAUCAAAGCAGUACUGAAACAUAAGAAGGAUUCCAUUAUAGACAUUGGCACUGGCACUGGCUUACUAUCUAUUUAUGCCUCAGAAUGUGAACCAGUAGCUAUUACUGCUAUAGACUCAAAUGAGUACAUGGCAAGUAUUGCAUCUGAAAUCUUAAAAGAAAAUAAUAUAAAUGGUAUUGUUCUGGUACCAAAAUUAUCAACCAAACUUCAACAACAAGACAUUGGUGGAAAGAAAAGUCUCAUUAUAAAUGAGCUCUAUGAUGCUGGACUUUUUGGUGAAGGUGUGCUGCAGACCCUAAUACAUGCUUGGGAAAACUUGAUCACUAAUGAUGGUCACAUUAUACCUGGAAAAGCUGAAUUUUAUGUAGCUGGUGCCAAAUGCAGUUGUUUAAAUAUGAAAUAUCAACUAAGUUUACCUGCAAAACAAGCAUUAAACAUCACUAAAUACAAAGUGCACUCUAAUAGGGGCUUAAAUGAACCUUAUGAUUGUGAUGAUGUUCAUAUGAUUAAAGGACUUACAUACAUGACUGAACCAAAAUCAAUAAUUAAAGUUGACUUUAGCUGUGUUGAAAGUAUGAAGGAAAUACUCUACAGGGAGCUUCCAUUUGAAGUGCUGCUGAGAGCUAAAGAGUCAGGAGAAAUAGAUGUGUUAGUUGGGUGGUUUAAUUUAUAUUUAACAGAAAAUAUAACAAUAACCACUAAUCCAACUUCUCAUAAUCGAGCUAAUGCAUGGCAACAAGCUAUAUUCUGUGAUUUCAUUCCAAGAGAAGUUGAGAAAAAUGAAGAUAUUCCUGUAAAAUUUUCCUGCACUGAAGGCAAACUGACUCUUUUACAAGAUGCUAAAUUAGAUAUUAGAAGAAUUACUGAUGAAAUGCUGCAUUUUCUGAAUGAUGCUUGUUAUAUGAAGAUGAUUCAAGAAUGUAUUGGAGCAGUUUGCAUAUAUUUAGGACAAACAGCUGAAAUCUCAAACAUUGCGGUAGUGGACUUAUCUCCAUUUCCAGUCAUUGGAAUGUUGAUGAUGAAACGAGGAGCCUGUUCUUUAAUUUGUCAAGCCAAGACCACAGAAGAUAGAAAAUUCAUAAGGAGUGUUUUCAGCAUAAAUAAAGUACCUAGAGCAAAAGUUAGAGUUAUUAUAGAAGAUAAAUUGAAUCACAAGGCCUUUAAAGACCAAAAAUUUAAUUUAAUAGUUGGGAACAUCCUCGAGCUUGGUGGUGAUUUAAAUACUGAUCGCAAAGAGUUGACAAACCAGCUACAGAAAACAAAUUUGUUACCUGGAGGGCUAUUUUUACCCUUUAAAAUAGAAUUACAUGCACAGAUAAUCAAUAGUCACUGGUUGGAUGUAAAUAACUGUGUUUAUGAUGAAAAUGUUAGUGAAUACAAGGUUGGUAUGUAUAUGAAUAGGUACCAAGUAUCACAAAACUUUCACAUUAAUAUCUCACAAUUACAAUAUAAUCCUAUAUCGGAAAGUACUUUAGUGGCGGUAGUAAGUGAUGAAAUGAGGUCAGAAGUUAUAAAUGUGCCAAUUAUAAAUAAUGGUUAUGCUAAUGGAAUAAUUUGUUGGUACACCAUUCAGCUGAUUGAAACUGGCACCAUAAUUAGUACAAAUAGAGCUAACAGUUUCAUAGAUGCAAUUGCUUUCUUAGCAAACCCAAAGAUGCCUAUGCUAAGGGGCCAGAUAGCAAAUAUUCUUAGUUGUGUUGAUGUGGACAGCAAUUUCAAGCUUGUUAUUGAUACUGAUGCUUAAUUUUUAAACUGUAGGCAAGUUGUUUGAUCUCUGUACUUAUACUUAAUAAAUAAGUUAUUUGUUUUUUAUGUAAGUAGGUGUUAUUAUUUAGAACUCUUUAUGUAAUGAGCUAAUGAGGAGUGCAGUGAACUUCAAGGGUCUAUUUUAUUGUACUAAACCACAAGAAUGGGCGAGUACCUAUACAUAGAGCUUAUUUAAAUACGACGUACUACAUAGGUACCUAGGAAAACUAUUUAGUUAGAUGGUACCUACCACCAUUAACUACAUGUUACGUAAUCUAUUCUAUUUAUGAAUGUUACCUAUUUAUCCGUAUAAUAACGUUUUGCCAUGUGAUUUCCCCAUAGUAGUGUUGAUCUGGAUUAUUCGUUAUGCAUCAUACAUCACAGGACUAGAUUGUGUAACGGGCACAUGUCACUGUUAGACCUCAUAAAUGUUGUAAGUGUUACCAAAAGUACCUAAUAUCUUUAUAAAUCUCAAUGUUAGUAGUAAAAUUUAAUAAAACUGAAAUUGCAUUUAAAU